AUGCCUCUUGAACUGAACGGCUACUCUGCGCAUGUCAACUGUGAUGGCAAAGAACUGGAGACCUACGACGUACGCAUGGAGGACGAAAGGACCAUCAGCUGUUGGAUACCUAGCGAAGAAGGAAAGACAUUUAUCGUCCAUUGGGGCGAUGAUUCAUCCUCAACUACCAUGCGAGUGGACAUAUUCAUGGACGGCCGCAAAGUGGAAGUGUUCGCGCAUGAAAACAAAAAGACGGAGUAUUGUAGAGGAGCAAUAGAAACUUCAGACAGUCUGCGCCCAUUCCUAUUUGCUCCAUUGGUUCUCACAGACGACGAUGCCCUUCUCCAUUCCGACGUGAGCGGAGAUCUCGGCACCAUACACGUUCAAAUGAGGCGGGUGCAGCGCUAUACGAAGAAUAAGACGAACUUCCGCGGGAGACAUGUGCCUGAAAUCGGGUCAGUACAUGAAAGAAGCAAGAAGGCAGGAGUGCAUGCGGUUGCCCUCAGGAGGUCACACCUGCUGAGUCUUGGACAGCUUCUGCAAGCGAACGGGAUCGCUCCCCUCCCUGGAAGUUCCGUUGCUCAAAAUAAGCGGCCCUUACAAGAUGAACUUAACCGCGCCGGGCCUAGUAGUAGUAGCCGAAAACGCCGUCAUACACCGCCAGUAGGUGUCGUCAAACCGGAGGCCGCGGACGAUGCGGACGACGACGACGACGACGACGACGACAUGCAGUUCCUCGAGGAGCAACUCCAGAUGAUGCAGCGACGAGUAGAGGAAGCAAGGGCAGCAAAGAGAGCGAAGAAAGCUGUCAAGCGAGAGAUGUCGCCGAUUCAUAUUCCGUCUUCGGAUGAUGACGAGGUUAUUGAUUUAACCUAG